CGACUGCUCCCAGCAAGGCUGUGUUCUCGUAUUCCGUUUUCUUCGCUUUCUUUCCUUUCUGACUGGUUCACCCUCCUUUUUCUUACCGCUUAGACUUGCCUUUACGGCCUGGAAUCCGAGUCCCAGUCUGAAGUACAUAUCAUUCGUCAAUUAACUCUCUUUUGGUUCUUCGCUCCAGUCACGACUGCUUUCUUUCUAUAUUACAAUAAUGUCGCGCCUCACGGCCUCGUCUUCUCACCAACCACCUGCCACAUUCUUCGAAUUCCCAGGUAGGGUGCCACCCAGUUCUCCGGUAACGAGCUCGGACCCCACUGGGCCAUCUCUCAUGCCGUCUACCAUCUCUGUCGCUGGUAUGCAGAACCUUCAUAACAUGGACUCUGAAAAUCCCAUCCUUGGCAUAGAGACGCCAGGCCCAAGGAACCGCAGGGUGUCAUCCCUGGCAUACCAUAGUUCUGGGAUCCGAGAAUCUCGCGAGCGAGUUUCCCAGCGAAGCUUCAAGUCUUUCAUCGUUGUCAUUCCCCCGCCCUCGUUAUUGCAGGAGCAUGGCCAGCUUGGACAUACCUUGUCAUCGGGACCACAGCAGAGGUUGGCCCAGGGUCUGCUAAUGCCGCUCUUCCCAACGCUAUAUGGCCAGCUAACAGCUAUUGCCCGGGAGUUCAACUUCCCUAGUACUACCGGCUUAUGCGUCUAUCUGCAUUGUAGCUCAGAUGGCAUCACACUCGCUCCCAGAGUUUCUGAUGAAACCUGGGGUCUACUUUGGAACCAUCUCUUUGAUGGGACAUCAUCCAGUCAAAAGCUACCCAUCAAUGGAAAGAUCGAAUUUGACAUUGAUCUUCGCCAGGCAAGGUGGUACAGCGCAUGGUUAUUUCCUUCUCAAAGAGAACCUGUUGAUAUUCCCAUAUCCUCAGUUCCUUCUACGACAGUCGCAGCCCAUCUUCGUCACGAAAGUAAAACAUCUGUCGAGGACAAGUCUUUCGAUAAGCAUCCCGACAGCCCAUCACCCCGUCAAUCCUCAACGCGCUUGAUCGCCCCUAUGUCUCGCCAUGUCCCGAGAAAUCUGUCUUUAGUAGACAGGCUGGAUACAGUGACCAUUCGCCCCAUUGCGAAACCUCGCAGCCUCUUGACUCCUCCGGGGAACGGAACUUCUACUUCUCAGAUGCUGUCUCCCAUUCAUCAGGUAGAAGAACCGAAGUCGGCGAAAGAAAACCUUGAGACCCGGGUUAAGUCUUGGCGAGCCAGCGCAUCGCUUGAGCCCACACCUCUUGCGGCCAAAGGGCAGACAAGCUUAGAACCCGCAAACAUGCCUAACAAUUUGAUGCUCGAUGAUGGUUUGAUCCCCACCGGGGAAGAGGAGUUAAAAUUAGAAGAUUUUACGUGGUCCGUAUCAUCGCAAGGGCCUGGAGAUUAUGAACCUGGAUCCCCAUUAUCCUGUCCACGCCUUCCGUCUAUUCAUAUUGCCAAUCGGAUGGAAGGAUCUGUUUGUUUAACACCUACUGAUUGCACAUCAUUUGGUCCUUCAGAUUACACACUCUCCCCACUUUCAAUGGCUAGUUUCCGGCUGCCAUCUCCUGACAUUGCUCUGAGAAUGCUGGAAGAGGUACCGUUGACACCGUCUACUGCAACUAGCUGGGGUCCUCCGUCUGUCUAUCCUCCAUCACCUACGAGUAGCUUCCGCGCUCCUUCAUUGGACAUCGGGGAACGUCUUUCUUUCAGCAGACCUGUCACUCCUUCAACCGCUACGAGUUGGGGACCUCCCUCGUGGCCUCCAUCGCCAGCGUCACACGCUCGUCCGCUUUCUAUUCAUAUUGCUGAUCGCAAUGGAGAUGUCAGCCGACCAGCAACACCUUCUACGGCAACCUCAUGGGGCGCACCUCUGUCUUUUCCUCCUAGCCCCACUACCCCGUUCUAUGUUGCAACCCCAGAUGUGGGACAUCGUUCUCUUGAAAUUUCUGAAGAGGAAGGCCUGGACAACGUCCGUGGUGUAUCGGAUGCAUCGACAAAUGGCCCUUGGAGACAUGUGUGGCCUUAUACAUGUGACGCCGAUGAAAUUGUUGCAGUAAAUGCGCCUUGGAGGCACGUCUGGCCCUACAACGCAGCAUCCAUUGAAGGGGCAUCUGCUGGUGCGCCUUGGAAACAUGUCUGGCCUUAUAAUAACAAUGCGUUGCCGAACGGACGGACGUCAAAUGAGGCGCCUUGGAGGCAGGUCUGGCCUGAAAACGCACAGUCAGAUGGACUUAGUGAACCUUGGAAACAUGUUUGGCCGUAUUCCACUGUUGCAGCCGACGUACCCAGUGUCUCAUUGGACAGUGCGCCUUGGAGACAUGGCUGGCCUUAUUUAAACAUUCCACGGGGCGUUGACUCGACUGGUGCACCUUGGCAGCAUGUGUGGCCAUACAAUAGGCAUGUCGAGGAAUAUGGCGCGGCCAUGGUAGAGGGAGGACAUCUCAACGUCUCUGUCGAAUUUGGGCGAUCUGUGUAUCCAAACCUGAUCAUCUAUCCAGCUGUAUACCCACACUUUGACCUGUACCCUGCGAUUGCAUCUUACACGGAACCCGAGGUGAAGAAGCUGACUACCAGCGAGUCGGUGGUAAUAUUGAUGAGCUGCCCGGCUGUGUACCCCUUUUUUAAUUUAUAUCCUGGGGUUUACCCUCAUAAUUUGAACGAGAUAUACCACGAUGUAACAAUUGCAGAGCGCUCCGUUGUCAAUCAUGUCAAGACUGACACUGCUGUUCACCAUCCGGUCGAGACUUUGCGCUACAACUUUGUUGCAGAUGCCCCGAUUUAUCCUCGCAACACGCCGUGUCCUCCAACGAUUGAUGUGGAUAACCAUGAAACGCUUGGAGCCGAAACUCAGGCAGAAGCGACCGAUGCCUUGUCAUUGAAGGGUAAACGUCCGGACUUCGAAAUCUGUAAGAUUUCUUGUCUCAUCUUCCCAGAACAAGCUAAGGUAACAUCAUGAUGGAUCCUUUAGUUGGCGUCGAAGAUCGACAGGAGGAUGAAGGCAACAAAAUUACGAUACUUUCAGUAAGAUGUGCCUCAACGUACCCUGUGUUCAACUUAUGUUCGUAUCAUAGAGAUAUUUAUCUGCUAUUAGAACUCAUGUU